AGGAACCGUUCAAGCUGGGGUCCUUUCUGAAGAAACUAUGCUGCUGCUGGUGCUGGGCCUGGCGGAAAUGGUGCGCGUCGAAGGAGCUGAAGCCUCGGACGAUCUUCAUUGGUCGUCCACUGACGGAAAAGUUCCCUCCGAACGAGAUCCGUAACCAGAAGUACAAUCUGUUCACCUUUCUGCCACUGGUGCUUUUCGAGCAGUUUCGCUUCUUCCUUAAUCUUUACUUCCUCAUCAUGGCGGUGAGUCAGUUCAUACCGGAAAUUCGGAUCGGCUACCUGUACACCUACUGGGGACCGCUCGGUUUCGUGUUGGCCGUUACGAUCUGUCGCGAAGCGGUCGACGAUUUGCGCCGGCACAAGCGCGAUCGCGAGGUAAAUUCGCAAAAGUAUAAGCGCUUCGUCGCGGCUGACAAGCCACCGGAAUCGGUAUCUUCAUCGAAACUGCGUGUCGGCGACAUCAUAAUGGUGGAAAAGGACGAACGGGUGCCGGCCGAUUUGAUACUGCUACGCACGAGCGACAAAAGUGGGGCCGUCUUCGUACGCACAGACAUGCUCGAUGGAGAAACGGAUUGGAAGCUACGGCUUGCCGUUCCUCUGACCCAGAAAUUAGCCACUCACGGUGAUCUACUCAACGCAAACGCUUCGCUGUACGUGGAGAAGCCGCAACGAGACAUCCACACGUUUAUCGGCACUUACUCGAAGCUAGGUGGAACGGAGGACGAGGGCCUGAAUGUGGAAAAUACAUUGUGGGCCAACACGGUCGUUGCUUCGGGUACGGCCGUCGGGAUCGUCAUCUACACCGGAAGUGAAACGCGCAGCGUGAUGAACAACUCGCAGCCCCGGUCGAAGGUGGGUCUGCUCGAUCUGGAGAUAAAUGGGCUGACGAAGGUGCUGUUCUGUGCCGUGAUUGGACUAUCAUUUGCGAUGAUGUGCCUGAAAGGUUUCAACGGGCCGUGGUAUCGGUACAUGUUCCGGUUCGUGCUGCUAUUCUCCUACAUCAUCCCGAUCAGUUUGCGUGUCAACCUGGACAUGGGCAAAGCAUUCUAUUCGUGGCAGAUUCAGAACGACGACGAAAUCCAAGGCACCGUUGUGCGAUCGACUACCAUACCCGAGGAACUAGGACGUAUAUCGUACCUGCUAACGGACAAAACUGGAACGCUCACGCAAAACGAGAUGAUUUUCAAAAAGAUCCACGUCGGAACGGCUGCGUACGGCCGCGACACCUUCCCGAUGGUGUCCACCGCCAUCCAGUCGGUGUACGGGACGCUGUCGACGCCGGCAGAUGCUUCACCAGCCGCCGAAUCGGAGUAUCAACCGCGACUGCGCAAACCGGACGGUUGGCGAAUCUGGGAGUCGGUAAAAGCGCUCGCCCUCUGUCACAACGUGACCCCGGUGUACGAAUCUCCUGGCGCAACAAACGGAGGAGCAUCGAUCACCUCCUCUUCAUCCACCGACCGUCGUCAAUCCCCUUCGCGUUCUAUCUCCGUCGAAAGCACGGGCGAGACUACAGUCGGUGCCAGUAAACAACCGGAGAAAACCUACCAAGCGUCCAGCCCGGACGAGAUUGCACUGGUGAAGUGGACAGAAUCCGUUGGCCUGGCACUGAUCCAGCGCGACCUAAAUUUAAUGACGCUGCAGAUACGGGAUGCAACACGUGAACACGAGCGCGAAGGCGCGUGUCUCAACGAGAGUGGCUCCAUCAACACGACCGUCACGUGUUUGUCGGUGAAUUCAAAAACCGAUCUAAAUUCACCGUCGAGUGCGGGAAGUGUCACUUCGCUAAACUCGAUGCUCGGGCCAUCUGGGGCGCCACCCGGGGUUAUGAAGUACCAUAUCCUGCAGACGUUCCCAUUCACGAGCGAGAACAAACGCAUGGGGAUCAUUGUGCGUGAGGUGAAUACGGGCGAAAUUACGUUCUACCUGAAAGGGGCCGACGUGGUGAUGUCCGGCAUCGUGCAGUAUAACGACUGGCUGGCGGAAGAGAGCGGUAAUAUGGCACGCGAGGGCCUGCGGACACUGGUCGUCGCGAAAAAGGUGCUCGGCGAAGACCAGUACAACGACUUCGUGAUGCGCUACAACGCGGCCAAGGUGAGCGUAACCGAUCGCGUCACGAAGGUGGCUGCCGUCAUCGAGAGUUUGGAGCGAGAAAUGGAACUCCUGUGCCUGACUGGGGUCGAAGAUCGGCUACAGGAUCGUGUGCGGCCAACGCUGGAACUGCUACGAAACGCGGGUAUUAAAAUCUGGAUGCUGACGGGCGACAAGCUCGAGACUGCUACGUGCAUCGCCAAGUCGUCCCAUCUGGUCGGUCGCAAUCAGAGCAUUCACGUGCUGAAGAGCGUGCUAACGCGAACCGAUGCCCAUCUCGAGCUUAACCAGUUCCGACGCAAGCAAGACUGUGCGCUGGUCGUUUCCGGCGAAAGCCUUGAGGUGUGCCUACAGUACUAUCAGCCGGAGUUUAUGGAACUGGCGACCGCUUGUCCGGCCGUCGUCUGCUGUCGUUGCAGCCCGACGCAGAAGGCCCAGGUCGUGUCGCUGAUUCAGAAGUACUCGGGCAAGCGGACGUGUGCCGUGGGCGAUGGCGGCAACGACGUGAGCAUGAUUCAGCAAGCAGACGCUGGGAUUGGCAUCGAGGGACGAGAAGGAAAGCAGGCGUCGUUGGCGGGUGAUUUUAGUAUACCGCAGUUUUCGCACAUCGCCCGUUUGCUGAUCGUACACGGCCGGCGAUCGUACAAACGAUCGGCCGCCCUGUCACAGUUCGUCAUCCAUCGCGGCCUGAUCAUCUCGACGAUGCAGGCCGUCUUUUCGGCCGUGUUCUACCUUUCGUCCGUCGCCUUGUACCAGGGCUUCCUGAUGGUCGGUUACGCCACGCUGUACACCAUGUUCCCGGUGUUUUCGCUCGUGCUCGAUCAGGACAUUAGCGCCAACAUCGCCAUCACGUACCCCGAGCUGUACAAGGAGCUUUCCAAGGGUCGCAGUCUAAGCUACAAGACGUUCUUCAUGUGGGUACUGAUCAGUAUCUACCAAGGCGGUGUGAUCAUGUACGGUGCUUUAAUUCUUUUCGAGGAUGAGUUUAUUCACAUCGUGGCGAUCAGUUUCUCUGCGCUCAUCCUUACCGAGUUAAUUAUGGUGGCCCUAACCAUACGAACGUGGCACAAAUUGAUGGUGCUAGCGGAACUUUUUAGCUUAGUGCUCUACAUAAUCUCACUUGCCGUGUUGCAUGAGUACUUCGAUUGGGAGUUCAUCUGGUCCUGGGAGUUCCUCUGGAAGGUCUUGGUCAUCACGCUCGUCUCCUGUCUUCCGUUGUACAUUCUAAAAUUCCUACGCAAAAAAUUCUCGCCACCAUCAUAUUCAAAGCUCUCCUAAGUCCUAACCCGCGACCGGGCCGGACUUCGUGUUGUAUUAAUUUAUUAUCCAUCUACUUCUAUGUUGCGGAUCGUUUGUGAAUCACUGACCUGCAGCAAAAGCUGCUGAAACCUACUAUUCAAUGUUAUGUUACGUAUAGCGCCGCUAAGCGAGAUUUAUGCGCGUUUAAAGUAUGUUUAACCAUUUUCCUCAUUUCUUAUUGAUGUCUUGUGUCUAUGGGUGUAUGAGAGAGGGAGAGCGAAUUUAUACAUGGUUCUGCCCGGAAAUGAUGUCUAUGACUGAGGAAAUGAC